AUGCGGCGUGAAUAUUUAAGGACAAUGUGGAUAUACAGACAUUUUGUCCUCUAUUUUGUGUGUCUCCUGCUUCUUUCCGACUUUGCCUCAACACAUUUACGUUAUUCUCUCCAAGAAGAAUCAAAGAUUGGGACUCUUUUAGGAAAUAUAGCUAAGGAUAUGGGCAUGGACUCGUCUGCGCUGACGGGGAGGAAUCUGCGAAUCGUGACUGGGACAAAACAGGAUCUUUUUCAGGUAAACCAAAAAGAAGGCUCAUUGUUCGUUAAUCGUAGGAUCGACAGAGAGGAGCUGUGCGCUACGAGUAACCAGUGUUUGAUCAAUAUUAAAACUGUAAUUGAGAAUCCUCUCGAAAUGCAUCAAAUAACAGUUGAAAUUGUAGAUGUAAAUGAUAACGCACCUACAUUUACAGAUAAUGUUUACAAUUUAGAGACACUUGAAACUGCAAUGACUGGAACACGGUAUCAGUUGGAAGGUGCGCACGACCCAGAUAUUGGUUCCAAUGCCUUGCAAUCUUAUAAAUUAACGCAGAACCAAUUUUUCCGUUUAGAAACAGAUGAUUUUGGAGAUGGAGGAAAAGUCCCCGUCCUCGUUCUGCAAAGAAUUCUGGACAGGGAAAAUAGCGCAAGGCAUGCUUUAAUAUUAACUGCAGUAGAUGGAGGAAAGCCACAAAAAACAGGCACUCUAACAAUUAAUGUCGUUGUGUCAGACGUCAAUGAUAAUGCGCCUAAUUGUGGCAAACAAAAAUAUAAUGUAACAGUGAAAGAAGACGCUCCAAAUGGCACGUUUUUGUUACAGAUUAACGCGACGGAUCUAGAUGAAGGUGAAAACGGCGAAAUUGAAUACGUAUUGCGAAGUAAAUUUAGAAAUGGCGCGUCUGACAUUUUUUAUUUAGACAGCAAAACUGGAGAAUUACGCAUUAAUGGUGGCCUUAAUUUUGAGGAAAAACAAGUCUACGAGCUUAAAGUUCUUGCCGCCGAUAAAGGAGUCGUGUCGCUGUCCACCCAAUGUAACGUGCUGGUGAAAGUGGAAGAUGUGAAUGAUAACCGACCGGAAAUAGACGUCACCUCCUUAUCCGACCGAAUUUCCGAAGACGCGCGUCCCGGUACCGUAGUUGCUUUGAUGGGAGUGACAGACUUGGAUUCAGGUGUUAAUGGACAAGUAGUCUGCUCUUUGCCAGAAAACAUACCUUUUGAACUUAAGCAGUCAUCAGAUACAAAUUUUUAUUCAUUGGUUACUAAAGGAAACUUGGAUAAAGAGCUAAAGUCGUUUUAUGAUAUUGCUAUAACAGCUAAGGAUCUGGGAACUCCUUCUCAAUCAUCAACCAAGAUAAUUCAUGUAAAAGUGAUGGACGUCAAUGAUAACAGCCCUGUGUUCAUCCAAAGCCCGUACACUUUCUAUGUACCCGAAAACAAUAAACCGGGUGUUUCUGUUUUCUCGGUGAGCGCAGCUGAUGUAGAUGAGGGUGAAAACUCAAGAGUUUCAUAUUCAAUAGAUCAUGCGAACUCAGAACAAAGUGUGACAUCAUUCGUGGAUAUUAAUGAUGAGAGUGGGGCAGUUUUUGCGCUAAAAAGCUUUGACUUUGAAUUACAGAAAACAUUCCAGUUCCACGUGCUCGCUACAGAUUUGGGAACUCCACCACUAAGCAGCAUCGUUACGGUGAAUGUGUUCAUUCUGGAUCAGAACGACAACGUUCCAAUGAUCCUAUAUCCAAUCAGCGCUAACGGGUCUGCUAAAGGUGUAGAGGAAAUUUCCAGAAAUGUGAAUCCAGGACAUUUGGUAACUAAAGUAAGAGCCUAUGACGCGGACAUAGGAUACAACGGCUGGUUAUUAUUUUCUUUGCAGGAAGUGAGUGACCACAGUCUUUUUGCUUUGGACCGCUAUACAGGACAAAUAAGGACUCUUCGCUCAUUCACAGAAACAGAUGAAGCUGAACACAAACUGGUUAUACUGGUCAAAGACAAUGGAAACGUUUCUCUUUCAGCAACAGCGACUGUAAUUAUUAAACUUGUUGAACCCAAAGAGGCUUUUUCAGCUUCUGAUGUUAAAAGUGUGGAAAACAAUGUACAAGAAAAUAACGUAACAUUUUAUUUGGUCAUUACCUUGGGAUCAGUUUCUUUUCUUUUUAUUAUCAGCAUCAUUGUACUGAUUGUAAUGCAGUGCUCCCACUCUACAGACCGUUCAUCCAAGUAUUUACAGGAUUCAAAUUAUGACGGGACACUGUGUCACAGCAUCCAGUACAGAUCCGGAGAUAAACGCUACAUGUUAGUUGGACCCAGAACGAGUAUCGGUUCUACUAUAAUUCCAGGAAGUAAAGGAAAUACUCUAGUUGUUCAGGAUCGGAGAAGGAGACCGUCUGGAGAGGUAAGAGCUGACUAA